AUGAACAAGGUCAAAGACCCUGUCGAGAGCGAAGCUAUGGGACAGCCGUCUCAUGAGCUCGUGGAUCCACGACGCCCCUCGACAGAGCCGCUGGCUCUCGUCCCUCGUCAACCUUUCUACGGUCUUCACAACAAGGACAACUACGACGAGUCGCCCGAGAACGUGGAUAAAGAUGUGCUUGAGGAGACUGACUACGGCGAUGGCACUCGCGGGCCGACCUUUAGCCUCGCCAAGACUGCCAACCCAAUCUACUACCACCCAACUCACCAAUUCACUGCCGACCUUGUCGUCGAUAUCCUGAAUCUCUUGCUGGAGAAUGGCCCGGCCCUCGACCAGUUCCCAGAGUUGAGCGCGACCGGCAACCUCAAUCUCGUGCUGCACGACGACGGACAGGCGGAGCGGGUGUCUGACGUGCCGUUCAAGUGGCAGCUUCUGAGGAGGACCGAUGAGGAUCGGCGAGAGGAGGCGGCGGCUCACGGCGGUGGAGCCGAGGGCUCCCCGUGA